CUGAACUCAAAAACAUUUUAUGUGUGGUUGCAGUACUGCAACAGCAACAUGGUUGCAUUAACAACGAAAGUGAUGUUUGUUAGCUGCUUGGUUUUGGUGAUCGGAAUUUACAUUUACCCGCGGGAUGAUCAUUCUUUUGACUACUUCUAUUUGGCCCUUCAAUGGCCUGCAUCAGUAUGCCAUGAAGCUGCAGGUUCGAACGUCACUUGUAUCAAACCGCUUCCUGGCAAUUUCACUAUUCACGGACUCUGGGCACAGAAGAAGAUCAAGAAUCAUAAGCCUAAGUCAUACGAUUGCAAUAGUACUACAAGAAAUAUAAGAAUUUGCAGAAAGCAUCCUUUUAACUAUGACGAGCUGAAAAAUGACAGAAAGCUCAUGGAGAUGAUGAACGAAAGAUGGCCGAACCUGAUCAAUGGAAGCUCAUCACCAGAUCAGCAGAACAAAAAGUUUUGGAAGAAAGAAUGGGAAAAGCAUGGCUGUUGCCUCUUCAAUUUCAAAUCCCAUCAAAAUGAUUACUUCAAGAAAACUUGUGGAAUGUGGAAACAAGCCCCGCUGCUUCAAAUCUUUGCAGCACAAAAACCGCCGAUUACUCCCGGUCGAAAGAAAAAGUACUCUCUCAGACAGUAUAUUGAAGCCAUUCGAAGGUCUGAAGUGCGACGAGGGGCAUUUAAAUGCAGCAAAAACAAGCCGAAACGACUGGUCGAAGUAAGACUUUGCACAGACAAAGAAGUGACUAAAUUUGUGGAUUGCCCUGGUCGAAUAUUAACCGUCGUAUCUCGCUCAUGCGGUACUAAAUAUUCCACCAAGAAUAUCGCAUUUCCUAUAAGCUAUACUUAAGAUGAUGAUGAUCAUGAAGUACCAUAUACGUCUACUACUGUAAUUCCAUCUUCUAUCAUCAUCAGGUUGUCUAACACUACUGCAGGCUGACGAUGACAAUCCGAUAUUUUUUCCUUUCUAUUCUCUAUUUUUUAUUUUAAAUUUAGUUCAAAUUAAAAAAUGAGUUCCUAUAAUGAGUACCCAUUCACCUCCUCUUGGAGGUUAUGAAGUGACUCUUAAGCCAUUUCUUGAGACUUGAUGGCUGACCCUUAAUGAGCAGUCAAGGAGUUACAUUAGAGAGAUUAUUUACAUAGUCUCUCCCUCUCUUUGGAUGUGACAUACUUAGAUAAACAAACUUUCUCUCUUAAAUGGUUCUCUCUAAUCACGACAUCUAGGUUGUGGAACGUGUGAGUGUUGUUCUGGUAUUACUACUAGCACACUCCACCAUCGAUGUGAAGAUUGUGGACAAACAAUGACUCUGGAGAAUCCGUGAAACAACUGCACUAGAUCUGAAAUAUUUCCGACGAUAUAAUAUC